AAAUUAACAUUUUUUGUAAUCACGUGACUCAUUCACAAUAACCCGAACAGAGUUAUCGGCCUUUGAAACCCACAACAUUUAAAGAUUUUUGUUGUUUGGCAGAAACGAUGCAGCUUGGAAUUGGUUAUUUCUUGCUUCUGCUACCCACCGUAUGGGCCGACGAUUUGGCCACCCUGAGACUGGUCAACCUGGUUUACCGACAUGGCGAUCGUUCCCCUAUAGAUUCAUUUCCCACAGAUAUGCACAAAGAAGGCAGUUGGCCCCAAGGAUUUGGAUGGCUAUCUAACAUUGGAAAGCUGCAGCAAUAUCAUCUUGGAAAAUUCUUAAGGCAGAGAUACAACGGAUUUUUAAAUGAAACAUACAUUCAUGAUGAGAUCAAUGUCCAGAGUUCUGCCGUACAGCGCUGUUUGAUGAGUGCUUAUUCUAACCUUGCUGGUCUCUACCCACCUGAUGGAGGACAGAUUUGGAAUUCCAACAUCAGUUGGCAACCGAUACCUGUUAGUAUGAUUCCUACUGAAGAGGACAGUACGUUGCAGAUUUCCAAGGAUUGUCCCAGAUACGACAUGUUGAAGGAACAGGAACUGAAAACCCACGCAAUCAAGGAAGAAGAGAAGAAAAAUAAACCCUUCUAUAAGUUUCUCAGUCGGGUAACUGGUGGUCCCAAGGAAAACAUCAGUUAUGUUUGGAUGCUGGCUGACACUUUAAUUUGUGAGAGACAUCACAAUUUCAGUAGGCCAUCCUGGUUAAAUGAAACAGUUUACAAUAAGCUCAUUGCUCUUAAUACCUUGUCAUUUACACUUCUCUUUGGAACCCCUGAAAUGGCUCGACUGAAAGGAGGUCCUCUACUGAAAACAAUGUUGAACAAUAUGCAGAAUAAAAUCCACUCAAAACCAGAUUUCAAGACAAAACUGUUCAUGUAUUCAGCUCAUGAUAAAACUGUUGCGGCUUUGAGUCAUGCUUUGAAGAUCUUCAACCACGUCAUGCCUCCUUAUGCGUCCACAUUGAUUCUUGAACUUCAUCAAAACAAUCUGAAUAAAUACUUUGUCCGCAUUCUUUACAAAAAUACGACGAUGGAUUUGCACAAUUACAUGCAGCCACCCGUACCCCUGAAAUUAAAAGAUUGCCCAGUAGACUGUCCCUUUGAAGCAUUUGUAGAACUUACAAAAGAUGCCAUCCCAACAGAUUGGCUGAAAGAAUGCCAAAUUCCUGCAUUAUUUGAAACAUGGUUCUGGAUAAUGAUCAUCUCAUUCUGUCUGCUAUGCCUUCUGCUGGUCACACUCUUCUGGUUCCAUAUGCAAAGGAAACACAAUCAAGACAAAUAUGCUUCCUUACUUAGUGAAGAUUCAGAAAUGAAUUAUUCCAGCAAUUGAAAGAAAGGAACAAGCACACAAAAAAAGCCAAAAAGAACC